CACUCCUGGCUUUACUGACUGCUGCUCCAGUCAUAAACAACUCAGAAGCUGAACACAUCAAUAAAUAAAUAAAGCUAUUUUAAGAGGAGACAUGAACCUGGAAGAGUAUUUUGCGAGGACUGGCUAUAAAGGUUCCCUUGAAAAACAAGAUUUGGAAACCUUAACCGACAUAUUCCAGCACCACAUCCGUGCUGUUCCCUUCGAAAACCUCAGUAUCCAUUGCGGGGAGAAAAUUACUUUGGAGUUGGAGCAGGUUUAUAACAAAAUUGUGCAGAGGAAGCGGGGUGGCUGGUGCAUGGAAAACAACCAGCUGUUGGGCUGGGUCCUGAAACACCUGGGGUAUGACACCAGCUUUCUGGGAGCCUACGUGUUCAAUCCACAUCAAAAUGCAUACGCCACCAUCAUGACCCAUCUCCUUGUAAAGGUUGUUAUUGAGGGCAGAGCUUAUAUUGUUGAUGGAGGCUUUGGGGUGUCCUAUCAGAUGUGGCAGCCGAUGGAGCUUGUGUCGGGGAAAGACCAGCCCCAGGCUCCCGGCAUCUUUCGUUUCACAGAAAAAAAUGCCAUCUGGUACCUUGAGAAAACGAGACGGAAACAAUAUAUUCCUAAUCAAAACUUCUCCAAUUCUGAUCUUCUGGAGAAAAAAGAGUGUCGGAAGGUUUAUAUGUUCAGCCUGGAGCCACAGACAGUGGAGGAUUUCCGUUCCCAGUGCACGUACCUUCAGACAUCUCCAGAUUCCCUCUUCACAAAGAAGUCCAUCUGCACCCUCCAGACCACCGAUGGCUUUCGAGCUCUAAUUGGGUGGACACUCACUGAGACCACAUACAACUACAAGGAAAACAUGGAUCUGGUGGAAUUCACAACUCUUCAAGAUGAAGAGGUGGAAAAAACCCUCAAAGAGAAAUUCAGCAUAACCCUAGAUAGAAAACUUGUCCCAAUUAACAUCAAAGGAUUUUACACGAUCUAGAUGACCAAGAAAACUGGUCACCUAGAUCAUAAUGCUGUGUAUGUACAGAACCCUCCACCGUCUGUGCAAUCACUACUGUAAGAUUAUGGGAUUCUUUUGCAGGCAACUGAAGGAAAAAUACAUUAACAUCAGAUUAAAGUGAAUUUAAUUCUGGGAAAAAUAAUGAAUUUAAGACUCUUCUGUCAGGUAGACAGAAUUAUUUGCUGUGAGAUGGCUGCAGCUCAAUUUUUGGCACAAACAUGGGAUCUGAUUUGAAUCUGGUUAUUAACUCGGAUAAUAAAUAUGUCUGGGGAAUUUUGGACUGCCUAUAGCACAUAAAUAGGAGUAUGGGUUAUUAAUUGUGAUACGCUGCCAACACUUUUUCUAUGUUUAUUUUAAGGAGAAAAGUAAUCUAUGAAUAUUUAGACAAAAGAGUACACAUUUAAAACCUCAUUUUUCACAAGAUCUAACCACUCACAGCUCAUCUCAUUUCUCUACCUUUAAUAUAAGUAAAACAACAUAAUCUCUGAAAGGAGCAUUAAGGGGUAUAAUUCUUUCACCAUCAUCCCUAGACAAAACACAGAACAAUUAUCAUCACGUGCAUCCCAUUUGCCAUUACUGCAGCAAACUGCCCAAAGUAAUUUUUGGUCUGUAUGUAUUUUUCCAGAGAUGAAAACUGCAUAUAUUGCAGUGUUAUUGUGGCUGAUGGGCUCUAAGAAGAUACCUGCAAGCUUUGCUUUCAAAAAGUAAUCAUCCUGUCAAGGGUGAAUGGUGCUUGAACGUCACAACUGGCUUAGAUUUACUUCUGUCCCAAAAGGGGUGGACAUUUUCUAUUUUUAGCAUUGUGAGUUAUUUGUAUAACAAAGGCAGAAGAAUGAAGCUGACCCCACUGUGCCCUGAAUUCUGCCCUCUUUGUGCACAGCAGAUCUGGGACUCCAUACAGCUACCCUGAAUGAGUACCACUUAGCACAGGAGGUUUAGUUCAUUUAUCUGUAUCAAAGUGAAAGAUAUCAAGGGGGAAAUCAAAUGUAAAGGAACCCCUUUCUUUAGAAUGAUUUCACAGUCACAUUUCUCCAUUAAAAAAAAAAAAAAAGUAAUUCCCCCACCAUGCUUCUUUGCAAAAAGCCCAGCCAAGGAAACCACUGAGAAAGGCAAAACAUUCUCACACGUAUCAAAAAAUUAGCAGUAAUACUGAAAAGCACCCUUACUCCUC